AUUAAACUGUAAUACACGUCCGCUAGCACCCCAUCGGGGCGUGGAAGGCGGGCGAGCGCAGCUUUCGACCAGCGCCUGCAAGCGCGAUUUUCGCAAGGAUUUUCGCCCGGCGCUGAGCACAUUACAGGCGUGUCAGCAACGUAACGUUGCCGAUAGAUGUAGAUGCUCGACUGGCAGCACAUGAUGCUCCUUUGCGCCAAGCUCCCGCGCUAAAACCCUGCCUUGAGACCCGGCCCGUCCCUUUUACCGCGCCUACGCAAACCGAAGCCGCGCCAGCGCUCACCGCUGCCUAUCUACAACACUAUUUGCCUCGCUGCAGAGGCUUGACCUGCGGGGCUGCGGCUCCCUGAACCAGCGCCACACGCGGCCCCAGCGACGCCGGCAUGCCUCCGCCAGCUGUGGGAGCCGCCUGACGGGCGCUUGGGCUGGCGUACGUCUCGCUCAGCUGGAUCACGACAUACACAAACACAUAGACGGAGCAGCAGCAUCUCGGGCCGGGCGAGGUGGCCAGCGCAGGACGGGCACGGAGGCGCCGGGUGCGCGCCGCUAGGCGGCACGUACGCCACACGGCGACAUCAGGCCGAAGGCACCUCAGGUCUGCGCGCACGUGCUUCGCGCCACCGCCUUCAUAGAAGCAGCAGCGGCUGCAGCAGCAGCUUCUACUUCCGCAAAGAACUCAUUCAGAAGGGGCCGUUGUAGAAGAUAAUGUUCGGCGGUGCCAUGCCGAUGCCCAAGCCGGUGCCUGCGGCCGGCUACGGCGGACCCAUGCCCAUGCCCAUGGGGGCCCCGGUGGGGCUGGGCGGCGGGGUUGUGCCGGAGAUACUCAGCACCACACCCGGUGUGACGGGCGAGGGCCGGUGGCAGGCGUUUGCGACGACGCGGCGCAGGACGGCGGCGGGGCAGGAGGGGCGCGGCGAGAUGUGCCAGCGCAUGCGCUACAUCAUGUUUGAGAUCGACGAGCACAACGGGCGCUUCCUGGCGGACCGGCCCGCCGACCAGCCCUUCCAGUUCCUGGACGUGUGCUGCUGCCAGGGCGGCUUCAGCACCUACAGUAUGGAGGCUGGCAAGGCGCCUCACAAGGGCAUCGGUCUGAUUCUGCCACCCAUGUACGGCGGACACCUGCCAGCCAUACCCGAGCGGGUCCAAGUGCAGUACAGUUGAUCCCCAACCACCAUCGCUCCUACCUGUAACAUGAAAUAGUGGAAGUAGCCAACUGCUAGAGUAAGCAUUCAAGGAGGUUGCGGUUCGGUACGCUGGGCAAACGAACUGUGUCCAGACACCCUAAUUAUUUUGGUGGCGACAUCUGCAAAACACACAUUGCUAUGUGGCUUCCAUCGCGAGUAAGAGGCACAAGAUGCCAGGCGUGCGAGCGAAAGGGCGCUCCCCGGUUCAAUGAAAGGUUGAUGGAAAACAGCAGGCCUUGACAUAGCAGCUGAUCCUGAUGAGAAUUGUGCGUCUUUACCUGUCCAUUAUCACAUAGCUCUAUAAGUCGGGAAUGUUCUCGGGGCGGCUAUUUUGAUAAAGUUGUUACAACGGGGCUCGGUCGCCUGGCCGCUCGUGGCCAACGCAGGGAGGCACAGCUUGUGCAGCCAGCAUAGCGCAGUUUUAUGAGAAAGCUUGGAGUGCGUUGCAUCCCUGCUGAACUCACUGCGACAUUUAUGGUGCCCGUAAGUGUGAGGCAGCGUGCUGUAAGUCGCCCUGAGG